GUUACGUUUUACGGCAGGGGUGAUUGUUUUUCGGCACAAAACCAGUUGUUGGCAGUUGGGAUGACGGUAGUGGAAGGUUAAUCAGCUGAUUUUGAACGCUGGAAUGAAACCAAAAUAAAACGGAUUUUUCUGUGAGAAGAUUUUUGACUCGGCCCGGGAGCUGUUCUGCUUAGUUUGGGGUGUGUUGUCAUGCUACAUCCAGGUCGACGUCAUGGACAAGAUUCUGGAGGGCCUGAUCAGCUCCGACCACUCUGUUCCGGUGAAGAGGGCCAUAGUGAAGAAGGUCGUGGAAGCGGCGGAGAACGACUUGACGAGGGAGCAGUGCCGAGCGCUCUUCACGCUCACGACCCGCCUCGUCUUGCUCGGCGACGAUCCCUUCCAGAGGCAGAUCGGCCUGCAGGUUCUCGAGGCCUACGCGCGCUACCACCGGCCCGAGUUUGAGCUCUUCUUCAGCAAAGACUUUGUGCUCAGCCUGCUCCAGCAGGGCUACGGGGAGCUGGACCACCGGGACCCGGCCAUCAUAGACUACAUCCACUGCUGCCUGCGGCUGCUCAUCAGCUGCCCCUCGGUGCUGGAGACCUUCAGCGUGAUCCAGGUGGAGGUCCUGAGGAUGGUGUGCGAGCGCCCCGAGCCGGCGCUCUGCGUCCGACUCAGCGCCUUGCUCUCAGACUUUAUGCAGUGCAUCCCGAGGGACAAGUCGGGCGUGCUGUUCUGCCAGCAGCUGGUGCGGACCAUCAGCUGCUUUCAGUGCUUCGCCAGCGAGGAGCGGGAGCUGAGAGAGUACGUGGGCCAGGUGACCAAGGUCGGCACGCUGCUGCAGAACAUCUGGAAGGCCGAGCCAGCCACGCUGCUGCCCUCGCUGCAGGAGGUCUUCGCUAUUAUCUCCUCCACAGACCCAUCCUUUGACCCAUCUAUCGCCCUGGCCAGCCUGGUCCAACACAUCCCAGUACAGAUGAUCACGGUGCUCAUCAAGAGCCUCACCACAGACCAGAACGUCAGAGAUGCCAGCAUGACCAAAGCUCUCUGCAGAAUGAUCGACUGGUUGUCUUGGCCUCUGGCCCAACACGUGGACACCUGGGUCAUCGCGCUGCUGAAAGGACUGGCUGCAGUCCAGAAGUUUACUAUCCUCAUAGACGUCACUCUGCUGAAAAUUGAGCUGGUGUUUAGCCGCCUGUGGUACCCUAUUGUGCGGCAGGGGGCGCUAGCUGUGCUUUCCCACAUGCUGUUGAGCUUCCAGCACUCCCCUGAGGCCUUCCAUUUGGUUGUUCCACAUGUGGUGCCUCUGGUUCAUUCUCUAAAGACAGACGGCCUCCCCACCAGCCAAGCUUUCCUGCUGCAGUUCACUGAGCUCAUACACUGCAUGAUGUAUCAGUACUCCGGCUUCCCCGACCUCUAUGACCACAUCUUGGAAGCCAUCAAGGACCUUCCGAAGCCGUCAGAAGAGAAGAUCAAGUUGGUGUUGAAUCAAAGUGCCUGGACGUCCCAGUCUAAUUCGUUCGCUUCUGGGUUACUGAGGCCAGCCGGGAAGUCUGAGACGGGAAGGACGGGCCUGAUCAACCUGGGGAACACCUGCUACAUGAACAGCAUCAUCCAGACCCUCUUUAUGGCGACAGAUUUCAGGAGGCACGUCUUAUCGCUGCAUCUAAACGGCUCCAACACGCUAAUGAAGAAGCUUCAGCUCCUCUUCGCCUUCCUGGCACACACGCAGAGGGCGGCGUACGCGCCCAGAAACUUCCUGGAAGCGUCUCGUCCUCCUUGGUUCAACGUGGGCUCGCAGCAGGACUGCUCAGAGUAUCUCAGAUUUCUGUUAGAAAGGUUACACGAAGAGGAGAAAACACUUCACGUCUUGGAGUCAGCCAAGCCAAAAGUCGAUCCAGUCAACACGGACCCGACCGCUCAGACGUCCUCUGAAGACCACCAGGACGGCCGUUUGGUUCAAGCGGGGAAUCAACCUGCAAACGACGGGAGGACUUUAAUAGAACGGAUGUUUGGUGGAAAGCUGAUCACGGGCAUCCGCUGCAUGCAGUGUAACGGCAUGUCUGAGAAAGAAGAGCCUUUUACAGACUUAUCUUUGGCCUUUUGUCCAUCCGCCUCCUCUCAGGGCAGCCCUAACGCGGAGCGGCCGUCGGUGGAGGCCAGGGUGCUCUGUCAGGGAUCUGUCAAUGGCGGCAGCGAAGCGCCCGAGUCCGGCUCCAGCAGCAGCCCGGCUGCUAACGUUCAGUACGAGCCGGCGACAAACGAGCCCCCGCUGUCCGUGCCUGACCUGGUCAACUAUUUUCUGGCCCCCGAGAUCCUCGACGAGGACAACGCCUACUUCUGCGAGAAGUGCAUUUCCCUGCAACGAGCCGAGAGGACCAUGAAGGUGGUCACCGCGCCCGAGUACCUCAUCCUCACCUUGCUCCGCUUCUCCUACGACGCCAAAAGCCACGUGCGCAAGAAGAUUCUAGAGAACGUCGUCAUCCCGAAAGCUCUGCGGCUCCCCGUUCACGCCGCUUCGCCGCCCGGCCGCUGGUCCUCCACCGCCGCCUGCCCUUCGCAAGUUGACGCCGCUGAGAGCAGCGAGAACCUGGCCAAGAAGCUCAAACCCUCCCAGGGCGAAGAAGAAGAGGAGAGGAAGUUGAGGAUAGACGAAGCUGAGGAGAUGGACAGAGGAAGUGGAGCCCACAUCCAAUCGGUGCCCUACAUGCUCAGCUCUGUAGUGGUGCAUUCAGGUGUAUCGUCUGAGAGCGGCCAUUACUACUCCUACGGCCGGAACAUCAACGGCGCUGAUGGGACGCAGCGUCCAGCGGGCCGCUCUCCCGUCAAAGAGGGCGCGGAGGCCGGCCCGGCUGCUUCCGCCCUCUGCACGUCCGAGCAGGCGGACGCCUCGCCCGCCAACGGGCCGGAGGCGAGGGACUGGCUCCUGUUCAACGACAGCAGAGUGACGUUCACCUCCUUGCAGUCGGUGCAGAACAUCACCAGCCGCUUCCCCAAAGACACGGCUUAUGUGCUCAUGUACCGGAAGCAGGAGCUCCCGGGGCCGAACGGGAGCGAGGGCCACGCGGCGAACGGGACGAGACUGAGCGCCGAGCCCCCGCUGCAGAAAGAGCUGCUGGACGCUAUUAUCAAAGACAACAAGCUGUUUCUGCAGGAGCAGGAGCUCAGCGCCCGGACCCAAGCUCUCCAGGCCUCCGCGUCCUCGUGCUCGUUCAGGCCAAACGGUUCGGAUGACAACAACCCACCAGGGAGCUGCGGCCCAUCUGGAGGAGGCGGCGGAGGAGGAGGAGGAGGAGGAGGGGGCUUCAACACCAUUAGCAGACUGGUCUUCUGAAAGGAAAUGACGUGCAGCGUGAGACUCGCAUGAGCUGAUCACGCGAGAGGCUGGACGGUCCUGCUGUGUACAGAGAAGAAGAGCGCUGACGUAAUUUAAGAGCACCCACACAGGCCGGCUAUCAGGAAACUGACUCCGGUCCUUUGGUUUCUUACAUCCUAUGCGUUUGGUUAGAUGUGUUUUUCAACUUUCUUCUUUUUUUUUUUUGUUUAAUCAUUUAAUGAUUCAUAUCUUCUCUGAUUUGCAAAACCUUUCAGUUUCUUUCAUAUGAGUGGAUGAUCAUUUUAUAUACAGUUAAAGCCAGCUCUUUACACACAGUAUUAAAAGACACAUAACCUUUUAUUCUCGCAAAACAUUAAAUGACGAGUUUACUUUCUUCAAAUUUUGACG